AUGCGGACGGAGCUCCCGGAGACAGCUGGUGCCAUGCGGCUUGCCGGCCUGGAGGUGGCCGACUGCUUGCAGGAGAUGACGGGGCUCAGCCAGGACCUGGGGGACGGGCUGCGCGCCUCUGCACGGGCGGUGACUGCCGCAGAGCAUGGAGUCCGUCAGGGGGUGGAGAGCGCAACCUCGACCCUCACCGACGUGGUGCUGCCAGCCGUGCGGCGAGCCGCCCCGGCUGUCCAGGACACUGUGCAAGCGGCACUGAGCGAGCGGGCGGAGCUGCCAAGCACCCUGGAGGCACUGCGUGCCAGCGUGGCGCAGCUGACGGUGGCCAGUCGGAACGCUCGCACAGGGCUGUCGGUGGUCAGUGCCGUGGGCGCUGUGCGAGCUGCUUCCGAAACUCUGGCAGCGGUUGCAGGGACGGCGCGGCGGCAGAAUGGCGCGGCAUGA